CAAACUUUUGGCUAUAUAGUCUACAUAUAAUCACAUGGCUCGCAGGUUAACUGGGUUGAGCUUCCCAAAAUCAUCUCAGGACAAAAGGUUAUCAUUAAAUCGUACUUUCAUAUAUGGAAACUUUAAAGGGUUUAGGGUACAUAAUUGAACCUGUUAGGGACACUACAUGCAUCUUUCUAGCUCAAAUAUGGGCUACAUAGUAAAGGUACAACUGAAGGUACUACACCAGUGGCAAGGAAAGGUACAGUUUAGUGCUCUCACACUCAUAGGAAAAAUAUGAUUUUGAGACAUAGGGGGUGGGGUGAUAUGUUAAAGCCAGGUGUGUUAGAGCAAAAUCAUUUAUAAAGUGCACAAAAGUGAGCACCACGGCCACAGAGAGAGUGUGUGUGUGUGUGUGUGUGUGUGUGUGUGUCUUCUCGUUCCAGCAGGAGAUUCCUCCCCUGUGUGAUCACGUCCCGCCCCUGCGCGCGCCACAUAAAUAGCCAGUUCCGACAAUCUGGACGUCUCCACGUUUCAUGUAUCUCACACACCUCAUGUGAGUGUAACACAUAAGGCACACGCUUUAAGACAGUGCUCUCUGGGCUGAAAGCACGAGAAGUUUUUCAUUUCUCCCCACUCGUCAUGUCCACCGGCUCUAUCAGCGACGCGGACGAGUUCCACGACUCGGAACUGCUAGACGGUCUGCUGCCGUUCGGCUCGUGCGGGAACACGUCGGCCGGCGCAUCACGCGAAAGCGCCGAGGACAGCUCGAACGGCGAGGGAUCUGCGGCCACUGAGCUCACCGGACACGCGCCGGGCAAGCGGCGCAAAACCGCUGCGUCCUCGCGCAGACCGGUGUCCAGUGGAGGUGGAGGCGGAGGCGGCGUCGCCCACGAGGGAAAACAGGUUCAGAGGAACGCGGCGAACGCGCGCGAGAGGGCGAGGAUGCGCGUGCUGAGCAAAGCGUUCUCGCGGCUGAAGACCACGCUGCCGUGGGUACCACCGGACACCAAGCUGUCCAAACUGGACACACUGCGGCUCGCGUCGAGUUACAUCGCCCACCUGCGCCAGAUCUUAGCCAACGAUAAGCACGAGCACGGAUACAUCCAUCCCGUUAACCUGACGUGGCCGUUCAUGGUGGCGGGGAAACCGGAAAACGAUCUUAAAGAGAUGCUGAACUCCACCAGAUUAUGCGGCACCACCGCAUCCUGAGAGGACUUUAACCCUAAAAACACGGACAAGUUUUUUUUUUUUUUUUUUAAUAGAAACAUAUUCCGGGGUUUUUUAUAUAUACCGAAAGCACCGAAAGCACAUCAUCUCUUGUUCAAAAGCGAAAAGGCACGAGGUGGGAAUUAACGGAGGGACCAGUGACGCGUCUUCCUGUACAGAGAAACUGUAUAUAUAUUUUUUUUAUUUAAAUCAACUCGCAUUUCUUUCCUUGCUGGUUCGAGGACGUACAGUGUGUGGGUUUUAUGCAAUUUUUUUUUCUGUCUAGAUGAAUCUAGCUUAAUCACUUUUUAAUGCAAAAACAUGUGUAUAUAGGCUAGUCUAUAUAGAUAAGCUUUAUGCUUUUGGUGACGUAUGUUGUCUCCAAGUGCAACUUAUUGCAGUGUAAAUAGUUUGGAAGGACAGCAUUAUAUUGAUUGUAAAUAAAAUAUUUUGAUAUUUGA